GGUGAGCACCCAGCAGCCAUGCAGACCAACACAGCCCCUCCCUGCCUGCUGUGUGGCGGGGGCGCUACCACCUACAGGUCGUCUCCGUCCCUCUACACCAGCAUCUGCUCCAGCAUCACCUUCACCCACCUCCUCACCCCUCCGUCUCUCUUACCACUGACCCUCUCCACCGCCACCACUGCUCUAUGCUUCAGAUCGCUGCAGCGGACGCCCUGGGUGAUGCUUAUGGUCACUGCGGCGCUUCAGGUGCUCAGGGUGUUCCUACAGGUAUCUUGAUUAUCCUCAUGAGUGAAACCUUUUUUCUCCUCUCCCGAAGUUGUUCUGAGUGAUAAUGUGUUGCAGGCUUCUGUUAUGGGGGAUCUCUGUACGACUCUCCUCGUGUAUAUGAACCAAUUUUGUAUUGAUAAAACAAAAUCUUGUAUUCAACGAUUAUCUUACUUGUCGUGUGUGUGGGUCCGAGGUUCGGAUGAUGCGUCCAGAGCUUAAAUGAUGUUUCCUGGGCUAUAAUGGCAUGACCAAAGCUCGAAUGAUGAGAACAAGGCUCGGAUGAUGUGUUUGAAACGCGGAUGAUUCGCCUCAGCACCUGCCAUGUAAGUUUUCCAAGCUACACGAUUAGGCCCCGGCAAAGCUGCUGAGAUCUUAAGCUUCUCUUUCGCCAGGAGAUGGGAUGAGAGCGAGGACAUGUCUCACGUCUCAGAUAUGAAUAGUUUUAAAUGCUGCCAAGUGUAUUUUUUCAGAAAGCUUCUGAGACCUUUGAGGAUCUUGAAGGGUUCCAGAGGAGAAUACCAUGAAAUGUUCGUGUUUAUGAUUCGCUUGGAGGUGUUUCUCAGCUCCUCAGUGUCCACCCAUAUACAUUUGAAGUGUUUGGAUAAUACACAUGAUCUCAAUUUAUUUUUGGGAAUUUCUCCGUGAGACGUCUGAGCCCUUCGAGGUGAACGAAAGAGAACUCGAGUAUAUAAUAUUAGUCCUUCUUUGAAGCUCCAGGCUCUCAGUGAUAUCAAUGCUGUUCACGUAUUCAUAGGAACUCUUAAACGAUAUUCCUUCCAGGAAAAUGUUGAUCUCGGAAUCAUCUUAAUAUUGCUACACCUUCAGUCAAGAUAUCACGUGAAGCCAAGUUUCCAGGCAUCACCGUAAUAAGACUCUCCUCCAAGUUCCACUGAAGACUCUAAGAUGUUUGUGACAGAGCAUAUCCAUCUGAUUUUAGUAUUUUUAAUGUUAAUGAUUAUUCCAGAGAAUAAAUGUCUAUCUUAGUUUAUUAAGCUGAUAGACAGAAGACAAUCAUCAACUCAUCCUCCACAUAAAAGAUGAU